AUGCGCGAACCCGAGGCAACCUCCGUUCCCGCCAAGGCGACCAACUCGACGGUCCAGGCGAAGCCCGGCCUCAGCCGCUCGAAUGCGCCUAAAACAGCGGAAACAGGGCUGCCCCCUCCGUCCCCCACGACCCCAAUCACCUCCUCCUCCACCGUCUUAUCAGCAGAGAACCCCAACGAAAACCAGCCGCCUCUCUCCGCUCGUCGCCAGCUCCUCAUCCAGCAGCGGCGCGCCCAGUCCAACGACAGCGGCCGAAUCCCCCCUUAUAUUCCGCCGUUCCAGGUGGUGUAUGGCGCGAACUCGGUGGCCUCAGAAGAGUCGGCCCGGGUCAUGUCCGAAAAAGUCCAAAUGCUCGCCUCCUCCAUCUACAAGGAGUUGGAGAUGAUGAUCAAAAAGUAUGGAGAAGAGAGUGUCAAGGUAAGGAUUUUAAUUAUUGUUCGUUUUGCUUCUGAGUUUAGAGAAUUCACUGUAAGGGUAACCUGUUUGUUACAACAAAAAAAUAUUGAUUUGAACUGGUUUUAUCACAUGAUUAUCAUGGUGAAGAUAAGAUUUUUUUCGUAAAGGGUUGAAAUUUGUUUUCCUUGAUUUCGUCUUCUCCAGGAAUUGAUGCCAUUGGUUGUGAAUGUCCUCGAGAGCUUGGAUACCGCUUAUGUGGAUAAAGAUGAACAUGCUGUGGACGUGGAAAUGCUCAAGGAAGAGAAUGAACAACUCUUGAAUCAAUAUGAAAGAGAAAGACAAACAAGAAAGCAGCAAGAUCAAGUAAGUGCUAUUUUCUUUUAUGAUUUUGGUGUUUAGAAAUAUCUUGAGUUAGAAGAAGUCCUCACGGAUCAGAAUCGUGAAUUGGAGGGGAAAGUGGAACAAUUGGAAGGAAAUAUCCGAGUCCUAGAGCUCAAAGCUCGCAAUGCGAAUGAUCAUGUCGCUCGUUGUGAAGAAAGAGAAGCUGAGCUUCGCACGGAAUACGACAAGCUGCAUGAACGUUACAAUGAUCUCAUCCGUACUCACAUUGAGCACGUCGAACGCACUAAGUAUCUUAUGGGCCCCGAUAAAUUUGAUAUGAUGCAGAGUUUGCCUAGCAAUCACAACCGGUAUGAUUUUUUGUUGCUUUUUCUUGGCUUUUAGAUGGCAAUGUUUUGAAUGACUGAGAAAUUAAUGAUGAUUAUAUUAAUUUAGCGGUGGAAUGGCCGCCAGUGUUGAUGUGAACGUCCGAGGCAUCAGCGACUUGAUUAGUGCCACUCAUAUGACUCAAAGCACUCAUGCCAGUGUCAAUCUUGCUAAUCACAUUAGUAUGGAAAAAGAUUUCCACGAUGAAUUCGGCCAGGACACCGAAGAUCUUCUCAACUCCAGCAGAAAGGAUGGACAAGAUGCCAAGGAAGAAUUGGAGCAAGCUGAAGGUCAACCAGACACACAAAGGUCGGAGGAGGAAGAACCGGACGACGGACUAUCAGCUGAGCUCACAGGUUUGUUAUUGAGCGUUCAUUUUUAUAUUAUACAUGAGAAUAAGACUAAAAAACUCGUUGAUUUUGAAGGUGCCCUCGUAGAUCCAGCCGAAUUCGCCUCAGCGGGUAACUCCUUUGAGAUUAGCUUGGGGAAAGGGUUGUUAUGUCAGUCAGUAAGCUUCAUGAGCGGGGUUGGAACAGAAAUUUAUAUUAUUUUAGGUAACAAAAAAUAUUUUUAUGGGGAAUUGUGUUAUUUUUUGUUUUCAAAAGCUCAGAUGUUUACUAUUAUGCUGAUUGCUAUGUAUUUUCUUGGUUUUAAAGUUGAAAUUUUAAUACUAAAAAAGAAAUUCGAUAGUAAUCAGCAGUUUUCGACUGACAUUUAACAACCCGAGCGCUAAAAUCCUUUGAAACCCAAAGUAAUUUGCGUUUAUUUCCAGUAAACGAUGCGUUCAUUGGUAGGUUUUGGUGUUGUAUGGUCUCUAGAUGUUGUGUAGGCUUGAGUUGAUAUUUUUUUUAUCAUGAGUAAGGUCCGUUUGUUGUUAUAGUGAAGAGUGGCGUAUUUACAGUGAAAAUUCAGUUGCCCCGACGAAUAAUUUGUUGAAUUGGUCGUUGUGAUUGUUGAUUUAUUUAGAAGGCAUAGUUUUUUUUAUCUAAUUUGGUAUUUUAGGUAUGGGCAGAGAAGUUGAUAACCUCAUCAAGGAAAACACUGAGCUGUUGGAGACCAAGAAUGCGCUUAAUGUGGUCAAGAAUGACCUGAUCGCUCAAGUUGAUCAACUUUCAAGGUAUUUUUUGAAUUCAGAAUAUAUUUUUUUGCAAUUUUUUACCUAAAAUAAUAAAAAUUUUGUCAUGAUUAAUAUAUUUUCAGUGAGAAUGAGGUCUUGAGAGACGAAUUGAACUCUAUGGAGAUUUCCAAGGCCAAGAAUGCCGAGAAAAUCAAGGAACUCGAACAAGAAAUCAAGACUCUAAAGGAGAAGAUCAAUGAAGAGCAACCAGAUGAACAAGAAGACAUCCCAAUGGCUCAGAGAAAGAGAUUCACAAGAGUUGAAAUGGCCAGAGUAUUGAUGGAGAGAAAUCAGUACAAAGAAAAGUUGAUGGAACUUCAAGAAGCAGUGAAAUACACGGAAAUGCAAAGAGUAAAGAAGCUAAAUCAUCAGCCUAGUCAAAGCAAAGGGAGAAUCUGGGACUUGUAAGUGUAUUUUGUUAUUAUUAUUUGAUUUUAGGUGAUUUGGAAGUUAUUGAAAGGUAUUUUUGGUGUUGAAAAAGAGAUUUGGUUCAUUUGUUACCUAAAAUUAUAUUAUCCAUGAGAAAACGUUUCGAUUCUAAUGCUAGGUUUGUGUUUUCAGCUUCUCUGGCCUCUUUGGAGAGACUCCAGUCCCAACACCUUCUAAGAGACCUCAACGUUCAAGUAGUCAAGUCAGAAAACAGCGACUAACCAGAACAUUUGAUAUUGACAUGGAUAAUGUCCAAGAAAAGAGGAAGUCCGAAAGAAGACAACAAUACAAGGCUGUCAGCCAACAUAUGAAGAAAGAUGAUGAGUCCAGAACAAGGGCUUAUGGAUGGUCGAUCCCGGUGACAUCGGACAAUCAAACAGUUCAACAUGUCCCGGUACCAGUAUGUUGUCGACCAUUGUUGGAUCAACAACCUUCUCUAAGAGUAAGAAUUUUCAUUUUUGUUUGGUUUUUAGAUUGUGAAAGGGCUUACAAGAGUUGGUAGACCAGAAGAGCAAUUUAUUUUGCUCUUGACAUACGUUAUAUUAAUCAUGCCAAUGUUUUAGAUUUGGUGCGCUUCCGGCUCAGUCUUGUAUGGCGGUAAGAAUACAGAUGGAGAAUACAUCAUUGGCGACUCAUCCUUUUACUCGGAUCCUGUCAAAUACAUGCCUUCGGAUCCAAUCCAAAAGAAACGUCUCAUGGAACAGUGGCCGAUUUGGGAGUCCAGCAGUCUGGUCUGGAUUUGCAGCUCGAAUGAAAAACGAAGCUACGUGACUAUUCUUGACUCGAACAACCCGAAUUGCAUCGUAGAAUGCUUCAGCGUUUGCACAUCACAUCUUCUGUGCAUCUCAUCCGUUCCUGGUAAGCUAAAAUUAGGUAAUAUUGAUGGUAAAUUUAGGAGUUCGAGAAGACGAUGCCCAGCUAGAAGAUGCUAAGGAGACUUUUGUCCGCCAAGGAGGUUACUUAACCAAUCUCCUGUCGGAUCUCGGCGCUACCGACACUUUUGGCCAGGUCCAUUGGGUUGAUCUAAGGUCCUCGGAAGUGGACGAAGUACCGACUUAUUGUUCCGUAGACGAAAAGGCAUCGCCAAAAAGAAGUAGGGACUGUAAGUACCCAAUCCUAACCUUCUGUUGUAGUAGAUAUCAGCUAUUUUUUUUAUCCAUCAAGUGUAACAUAUUUUUUUUAUUUUGAUUUUUCAGUCAGCGUGAGCGAAGUUCCAGCUGACAAACAACUGGAGGAGGGCUCGGAGUCAGGUAAGAAAUUAUUUUAGGGCGUAAACAGAAUUUCUAUUAAAUUUUCCUCAAGAAUUUUACCAGUUUUCCUAUCCGAAAUCAUCUAACUUGACUAUAAUUCAUUUGCUCAGUAGUGCCUAAGCCCGUGAAGCGCGUCGGCUUUGAGAUCACGGGUCUGAAUGACACCAGCGCCCGCUCCAAAGUCACCCUUCUGGAAAAGGCGGCCCUGGCGCAGCCGGAAAGCGGCCCCGCGCCCGACGCGCCAAAGCCCACGGAACCCGAAACGGCGGCGGAAAAAGGUCCGGUUCACUGGUCUGGUGGUGGUGUAGACAUUGUUUUUGUUGUAGAUGGGGUGUUCGGAGAGCAACAAAUUCUCAAAAUAAUUGCAUUUUGAGAAUUUGGCGGUUUUUGAAGUGAAUUUUUCAGUUUUUUUGGCUCUCCGAACACCUCUGAAUCCGCGGUGCAUGGCUUCUGUUUUCCUCGGUUUCCUCCUCUGUUCUUCUUUCUGUUUGUCAUAGAGGUAGCAUAGAAGAUGUGGCCUAUAACUCUUAUCUCUUUUUUUGGGCUUUUGCUUUCACUUUUGUAAAGAAAUGGAUGUUUUAUAUUAGACUAGUGUAAUUUGAUGUUGUAGAUGAUGGAGAAAGAAAUCUGGCCGCUUAUUCGAGCUUACCACCCCAUAUCCGAGACGCCCUAAGUAAAUACGAGGGCAUGGAAGAGAUGACCACGGCUUUGCCGACCAUGUGGAUGGGCCUGGAGAAUGAUUUGUAAGGAUUUUUUGGAGUUUUAGGUAAUUUUUUGGUAUUUUAGCAUCGUCGUUCACUCUGGUGCUCUUGAAUGGAGAAAAUGUUUGAUGAGAAUCAAAAUGGCUGAUGCGGUGCUCCAUAUUUUGUAAGGAUUUUUGAUUUUUUUAAGUUUUUUGGGUUAGGUUGUCAAGUGUAAUAUAAUUUUUUUUUGUUUUAGACACUAUAAAGGCUUUGUGUUUGCCGCACUGGCCAAUGGAACGAUAGCGGUCUUCCACAGAGACCAAGAAGGACGCUGGGCCACGGAUGGUUAUCAUAUAAUCCGGCUGGGACAAGCCAGCAGCUCCGUUUGUAAUAUGACGGUGGUCGAAGACAAGAUCUGGGCGGCAUAUAGGAACUGUAUUGUCAUCAUUGACCCAACUGAUUUGACGAUUGAGGUGAGUAGAGGGUUUGGGCAGCAAUAAUUGGUAAUAAUGAUGAUUUAGACGGCAUUUGUGGCCCAUCCAAGGAAGGAUAGCCAAGUAAAGCAUAUGGCAUGGGCCGGAGAGGGUGUUUGGGUGUCGAUUAGGCUCGAUUCGACGAUACGAUUGUACCACUCACAAACCCUAAAGCACCUACAGGACGUCGAUAUCGAGCCUUAUUUGUCGACGAUGCUCGGAAGCACGAAAAUCGAUCAUCUUCAUCUGAGAAUCACCUCCCUGGUCGUGUUGAAUAGAAAAUUGUGGAUCGGAACAGGCACUGGGGUCAUCAUUGCUGUCCCACUCUCCAAUGAAGGCAGUGAGAAGGUGGAGAUUGAUGAAAAGAAGAGCGAUGUGGUGUCUCCAGGAGGGCUUGUUAGAGUCUAUGGCAAUGACAAGGCCAAAGAAGAUGGAUUUAUUCCGUAUUGUAACAUCAGCCAAGCUCAAUUCAGCUUCCAUGGGCACAAAGAUUCUGUCCGAUUCUUUAUCUGCGUCCCAGCUGGUAAGAUUUAAAAAAUUUUUCAGUUUUGAGAGGUCUAUCAGACACCAUUAGGGAUAAUUGUCUGUGAUGUCAAGCAUAACAUAAAUUUCUGUAUAAAAAUCUCUUCAGACGGCGUCAACUCGAUGACCCCUUCAAUGGAGACCCGCAAGCUGCUGAUUACGUCGGGCGGUGACGGUUACAUCGACUUUCGACUGGGUAAACCGACUCUUUUUUUGUUCUUCUUACACAUCAUUUUUUUGCAGGCGAGGACGAGGAAGCCACGGACGAGGUCCGCGUCCGCGAUAUGUCCCACCUGAUUGUCUGGGAGAACGACUCCCCCAACCCCUACCAAACCCAAUCGCCCUAA